AUGAAUGACAAACCACCCCACUUUUCGCCACUGGAAUCUCCAAAAGCUUCUACGAACUCUCCCGAAUCACGGAAAUCUCAAAAUCAGACGAUUGAAAACCAUUUGCCAGUCUCGAGACCUCCCACCUCGAGUGACCCUCCGAUUGUAACUUGCGAAUCUCCGGAAUGUGUCACCUUGGCACAUAAAUUAUUAAACUAUCGAGAUGUAUCUAUUGAUCCAUGUGAAAACUUCCACAGAGCAUCUUGCGGAAGAUACUAUGAGAAUAGUUUGGCAGAGAACUCGAUUCAAGAAAAACAAGUUUUUCUACAGAGAAUUGUAAAAGAAUUUGUGCUCAACAGACAACCGUCUACUUCGAAAUCUGAAAACACUAUAAAGUUGCUUUUUGAAAAAUGUAGACAUAUCACUGCUUGGGAUGCACCUGAAGAGACAGAAAUUGCAUAUAAAGAAAUCAUGAAGGAUAUUGAAAAACUUGGAUGGUCUUUGCUGGAUAGCAAAUGGAAUUCAUCGAAAUUUGAUUUGAAUGAUGUGCUCUCCAAAAUUGCCAAAAUAGGAGUGCUGGAUUUUGGAAUUUUUCAAUUUUAUCCGGUUUUGAAUCACUUGAUUAUUGCACCUUCUUCAAGAGGGGUAACUGAAAUGUCUGGGAUUGAAAAGAUGAUUAACACGUUUUUGGAUGUGAACGACCUGGAUGUCGAUGAAAAUAUGAUUUCAAAUCAUGGGAAAGAGAUUUAUGAGUUUGAUGUGAAGUUGAAAAAACUGCAAUUUCUAGACUACCCAGAAACAAUAACAUAUUCGGAUCUGAAAUCAAAUAUUUCGAUUGUUGAUUUUGAUGGAAUUAUCCAAAGUUUAUUUCGGUCUGGAAGGAAAGAAAAGUUGUGGCCGAUAGUAGAAAAGAGAGUGGAGUCAUAUGCACAACCGCUUUUCGCAGGGGACGUGGAAAAUGUUAUUAGAAACGCUACUGAAAUCGACGCCUCCUAG